CUCAAUGCAACGAAGCCUCCCAAUGAAUGGAAAGUUUCGCAGCCCCCCCAAGUCCCAAUUGAUUGGGGUAUAACCUCAUACUGCGUCAUUCUCCAAGAGUAUCUGUCACUUCUGCACCAUACGGAGUAUUCACUCGUGAGAUCAGGAGUUUUUUCACCACUCUGAACAACUAUAUAUAUAUACCGUUCACAGUUUGUGGGAGUCAUUCUGUUUUCCCUUGUUGGUUCACUACAUCCCAUCUUCAGAUUCAUUGUAUUUCAUACUCACCGGUCGGAAAGGCCCUGUUUCAUAUCGUUACCAGGCCUCAUUCUCUGAAUUUGUGUCUGCAGGAAGGCUCGUGCCUGAUCAUCUAAUACCGUCUAUUCAUUAUAACAUCAUGAGCUUGACUGGUCCUACUCUUUUUUACCAGUGAACGGCACCAUGGUAACCCGUGCUGCUGCCAAGCACGAGGCUGAGUUCCUUGGUCAGGCCAUUGACGAAAAGCCUGUCUUGGUCGAGCAGUCAAUUGUCUCCGCAGUGGCGAAGAAGCCAAAACGUGCUACCAAGAAGACCAGUUCAGUGUCAACUCAGGUUGCCACAAAAUUCAAAGUGAUAUUCAACUCGAAGUUGGACAACGAACUGGUGGUGGAGCCAUUGUUGCCCGGAAGCGAGAACAAUGUAUUGUCAACCAACGUCCAAGCGCACAAAGGGACACAAGACAAAGCCGAUGGGGUUAAUGGCAUCAUUUUGAAAACUCCGGCCAAGAGAAACCCCAGGAAGCGAAAGGUCGAUGAUGUCAAUGGCGCAACUGUCAAUGGCGAAAUUGUCAAGGGAGGAUGGGAUGAGCUUCCCCACAACCUGGGCACUGCCGCUGCUGCCGACAACGCAACAGAAAGUCCCUCGCUGCCAAUUACCCCGCCUGAUUCUGUGACUCGCAAGAAGGCACACACUUCUCGGGCAAAGAAGAAGGUCGAUGGUGCAGUUGCUGUCAAAGAUGAGAAAAUUGCAACUCCAGACCUUGAAGUAAAACAGGAAGAAUCCCUGGAAAACACAAGUCAAGAGGAUACUCAGACCAAACCGAAAGUCAGCAGGCGACGAGCUCCGAAGAAAAAGGCCAAAGGCACUAAGGUCUUGGCCGAGACCAACACUGCUGUCAUUGAGCAAAAUGAGUUGACCAACGGGUUCAAAUCGGAAGAGAUUGAGGACAAGAAAGCCGCUCCAAAACGCAAAAGAAAGGCUGCGGCCACAAAGACGGGAACUUCAGCCAAGAGAGCCAAACUACUGGAAUCUGACGAUGCCAACGACGCCGAUGUCGAAGACCAGAAACCCAAAAAGGCUCGGGCCUGCAGAGUAGCUAAGAAAGUUGACAUAUCCCAAGCUGUACAAGACCAGGUGGAAAAACUCAUUGAUGGAAAUGAAAUUCUUAAAAAGGCCACGAAGCCCAGGAAGCCCAAGAAGAAUAAAUAUGGACUUACCCCUGGAGUAACUCCGUAUCCAGAUUUCCUAAUGCCCACGCUCGAAGCAUGCCUGGAGGUGAAAAAUCUUCUUUCUGAGGUACACGGUGUUGUUGAACAGCCAAAGGCAAUCCCGCCUCCCUCUCUAGAGGUGACCGGUUGUGGAGAAGUUCCGUCUGUCCUCGAUGCACUCAUCCGGACUCGCCUUAGUGCAGCAACGACUAGCACAAACUCAGGAUAUGCUUUUGCAGGUCUAGUUUCCAAGUUUGGAAUCCUCAAGGUGGGAAUCGGAAAAGGCAGUGUAAACUGGAACAAGGUCCGCGAAGCCGACGUCAAGGAUAUCGAGGCUGCAAUCAAGCGGGGCGGUCUAGGAAAGUCGAAGAGCAUAGACAUUAAAAAGAUUCUCGACAUGGUCCAUGACGAAAAUAUAGCCCGUCGUGAAGCAUUCCUCAAGGAAAAGGAGAGCGGCGAAAAGGCUAAUGUUGUUGGUGGUGAAAGCUUUAAGCAGGGGCAGAAAGACAUGGAGAUCGCGGUCGCAGACAAAGAAAUUCUUUCGCUACAGUACAUGCACGGCCUAACUCCAGACGAGGCAAUGGAGGAGUUCACUAAGUACCCUGGAAUAGGAGUUAAGACAGCCUCCUGUGUCAUACUUUUCUGUCUCCGACGUCCAAGCUUUGCAGUCGAUACUCAUAUCUUCCGGCUCUGCAGAUGGCUGAAAUGGAUCCCCGAAAAGGCCACUAGAGACUCGGCUUUUAGUCACUGUGAGGUUCGCGUUCCCAAUGAGUACAAAUACAGCCUUCACCAGCUCUUUAUUCGACACGGUAGAACUUGCGGCCGCUGCAGAGCCUCGACUUCGGAGACGAGCGAAGCUUGGAAGGAAACGGUCUGCCCAAUUGACCACCUUGUUGAGAGGACUGGCUUGCGGAAGAUUCUCAAACCGGUGGGUAAGAUGAAGAAAAAGGAGAACGGAAGUGAGGAGGAUAUUGAUUCUGAGUUGAGCGAGCUUGACGAGGCGAUAUUUGGUGGUUAUCCAUGGAAUGAGGCCGAGACAACUCCCGAGGUGGAAGGAGAAAAGUGAUGGUUCACAUCCUACUAUACGUUAUGGCUACUUUGGCUCGUCCUGGGCAUAUAUAUACGAAGUAUUGCUUUACAGAUAACGAAGUCGGCGGAUACUGGCCUGGGCAUAUAUAAAUAGCUCUUUGUUAUCAGGUGCUGGUGGGGUUUGGAGUUGGCUCGGUUCUUCAUACAUUAUUAUAACUGCGCUGCAUUAUCGCCUCCUCAAUCCAUCGAGGGUACGGUUGUCUCUAUAGAGUUGGCAUAAGUUAAUACAGCUUUUUAUGCCAAACACAGAGGUGAUAUGUAUUUGUGAGCUGUCUGUGUUUUAUUGAUGUUGGUAGCAAAAUAGUAAUAGGACAACCAAAACAACCGAGGCAAAAAUAUGCAAUUAUCAUUGACUUCCAGUUAGAGGAGAGUCUACCCAAGGAUUUUCCUUCGAAUAUGACGCUAUCUCAUGCGCCAAAUUCUAGAUUCGUAUCGCCCAUCGCGACUUACUUGAUAUCCCCAGCCUGAAGGCUACCCGGAGCGGAGAAAAUAUUUACCCGCCCAUCCCUUUUUAUUUACCCAGAAAGGCCCAACCGACCCUGCCAGUUGCAUGAGGGAUUCUCAGAU